UUUAGUACUUAUAUAACUGUCAAGGUCAUAGUAUGAAUAUCGAUGCUCUCUGUAAAGUUUACUCCAAAAAGUAUAAUUCUUCAAUUAGCUUUUCAAACAAUGAAGUGAUGUUCAGCAAUACUGAUGGAACCUCAUGUAGGGAGCAAGUCUGAAUGAAAGACGAACAUUUAGGAGUAAAUUUACCAUAGUGUGUUGCACUGGCUUUGAGAAAAUUUACCCGUCUAUGAAGAAUGAGAUCGAGUUUGGGAAUCAUACGUCACUGAAUCUAUUAUCACUGUAUAACCUCUCUUUCCAAUUGGCAUCUGGCAAGCCGGGUAUUCGUAAGCUUCCAAACUACAGUGUCUCAAACUUGACAAAAUUACUGUAUGAUGAAAUUGGUGGGAAUUGUUACACUAGAGUCAUCCUUUGUUUAUCAGCUAAUCCUGAGCCAGAGAUAUAUUCUCUUUUGUUGAGAUUUACUGCACAACUUACAAAUAUUACAAAUUCACCGGUCAUGAAUGAUGAAUGUGCCUUGCUGUUGGCUGAAAGAGCAAGAGAAACUCAAAGUAUACUGGAACAAGUUAUUAAUGAACAAAAAACUGGGACUACUUUGAACACUGUCAAUAACCUACAGAAUACAGAUUCAUCUUUGCUAAAACUAAGAGAACAUAUUCAAGAACUGUCUCAAAAUCUUGGAAAAACCCAUGAGGAAUUAUCACAUGCUACUGAUGAACGGGUGAAGUUAUCUAAAGCAUGGCUUUUAAGUGAAGAAGAUAGAAUUGAUGCCAAUGAAAAAUUAGCAAAGACAGAAUUAGAAUUACAAGAAGUUACUUUAAAAAAUAAACAACUUCAACUGAUAUGUGAGAAAGCGACAGAAGCUGCAAAACAUUCAGUAGAAUUGCAAAGAUCUAAUGAUGUGCUAAACAAUUAUUGUACAGAAUUAAAAAAGAAGCUAGGUGAUUUACAUGAAGAAUUAAAUAGAAUGUCUAUACGAAAUGAAGAACUGAGUCGUGAAUUACUACAUCAGACAGCUGAACAAAAAUCUGUAUUAACAUUUUUGGCAAAUAAAAAUACAGAAAUGAAGACAAAAGAAUUGCCCAGAUUUGAGAAAGAAUUGGAUCGUGUUGAAGUUAUGCUUGGUACAACAGCGUAUCAUAAGAAAAAUGCAAAAAUUAAUUCGAUUCCUGAAACAUCUGGAUACAAAACCAAUACAUUCAAUACUAAUACUGAGUCUAAAAAUCAACGAUCGUCAGAGAAUAAAUGGACAAAUCUAAAAGACAAGAAAAUCCUUCAAUAUGCUGAAAAACAAGUAAAAUUGAAUUUAAUCAUGAAAGAACGUGAUCAACUUCAAAUAGAAUUAACAAAUACGAAUCGAAAAUUAGCUCGAUUCUUAGAUCAUUUUAAAGCUCGUUUAAUUUAUCAUAUAAAUGGAAUAACUCGUUUAGUAGAUGCUACAAAAUCCAAUGAUAAAUUAAUUGUCAGUGAAGGACUUUAUGGUUUAGAAAAAUAUAUUAAACAUUUAAUUGCUGAUAUGAAUGCAACUUAUAAAAUACGUGAAAAUCAACUAGUUAACAUUUGCCGAUCGCUUAAUGGUCAGUUGCAUGCAACACGUGAAGCAAUGCGGAAAGUGAUGAUUUGUUAUACUAAACUAAGAACACAAGCAAUCCAACCAAAUGCAUAUAUUAAUGAUCCAGGACCUACACCACAAGAAUUAAUCGAUGAGUUAAGUUGGUCAGGUAGAAGUAAUGAAGAUUAUUUAUUGAAUUUAAUCGCUUCUAUAAUGGCUGAAAGUACACAACCUGUCAAAAAUCGAUCGCGGCAACUUACAAGAAUGAAUAUAUCAGAGGGAAUUUUAAAUUAAGCUGUGAAUGGUAGUAAAGAAAACAACUGCAUCUUAAAACGUUUAAUACAUUUAAUACAUUUUGAUUGAAACAAUUGAAAUGAACUGAGUGUCUAAUUGAAAUAAUAAUAAAUAAAUUUAAAUUUAUUAGUUUUAUUUUUUAAGCUUAGAAGUAAAGGUAUCAUGUAAUUAACUCGUAAAACUUGUUCUGUUUUAAAUUACAUUUACUUGCCAUUAUAGCUGAGUUCAAUAUUGAAACAGAAUACCAUCCAUCUUAUUCACAUAGGUGAUUUGUUGUUAAGGAAGCUUGAAGAAUUCAGUAGUGAAGAGUAAACCUAAACUGUGUUUAGUGGUUAAUAAGUAUUACCAAUUAAAUAUUAAAACCUACUACCGAUUGGUUACUAAGUAGUACUCAGUGUCAUGAUUGUCUAAUCCAUUAGUAAUAUAAUGGGAAUUUUUCAGCCAUUAGUAAUUACUGAAUUCUAUUAACCAAGUUCCGG